AAACCCACUCUCUCAGUCGGCGUCUGGAGCUCCUUGCCUGUCUUUGCUCACCUUCUUGCGUGUCCCGGCGUCUGAAAAUCCCCAAACACAAGAAAGGAGGAAGACUUCACAGCAUGCGCAUGGGAGCGCGCGAGUUUUUUUUUCUUGCCUGAACGUCGCACUACGAUGGCUUAUAUAUGAGGAGGACAGUUUGGGAUGCGGACACAAACAAGAGUCUCCACGGAGAGAAGCGCAUGAGAAAACACAACACUGUCCGUCCUCUCUCCCACACCGAGAAGGACUCCUCCCCACCUCGGCCGUGACACCUCCGGUAAAUCACCGAGGAAGGAUAACCUUUAUUUACGCUGGAGACACCCACACCGAGCUCAACAUUUCGAUUCAUCAGCCACUGCCUCACUGCAUGGCUUUAAAAAGUUGCCUUGAGAACAUGGACAUCUGACGUGCGCCACACGCCGUCAUUGGACACAUUGAGCCUCUCUCUCUCUUUUCUUCAUCACAUCUUGGACUGACUAAUCCUCGUGCGCUUUGGGUUUGGAGUAAGAAGAAGUGUUGAGCAGUUGUCAUUUGCCCUGACACAGGCAGCAUCCAGUAGCUCUCUGCAUUAAAGGGAACAUAACCUCUCCACAGAAGACGCUGCCUGUUGUGCUGCGCAUUUUUGCUUGUGAGCUCACUGUUUGUGCAUUAGUGGGAGAGAUAUUUUGUCAGCCCACCACGGAUUUGUCAGAGCUAAAAUCCUGCGUGAAAUAAAGCCCAUGAUUCAUCUGGACCCUCGACCUCCAUCAGAGAGAACACACGGUGACGCGUUGGUUUUGUAACUUGCAUUUUUCCAGCAACCUGAACAAGUGUCAUCCCCAGUGUCUCCGUGGAUGAUCACACUACCUUCUCCAUGUUGUGCGCAUUUGUAUUUAUUUGUCAAACUGCGCCAGAAACACACGGCCACAUGUGAAUGAGACUCAUCACCUGUCCCGGUUGAAGCGCCCCGAAAAACUCGCCUGCCUGACCGACACUGAAGAGGAAUACGUGCCGAACUUUUGCUGUAGUGAUGCUGCAAAUGGAAAUGGUCCUCUUCAUCUGCUUGAUGCUGUUGAUGUGUGUAUUAAGCCAGGAGCCCAGUUCCAAAGUGGUGGCCGACCGCUACGCCGUCUUCUGGAACCGGACCAACACAAAGUUCCAUCGUGGGGACUACCACAUUGAUGUGUGCAUAAAUGACUACCUGGAUGUCUACUGUCCUCACUAUGAAGACACAGUGCCUGAGGAGAGAACGGAGCGCUACGUCCUCUACAUGGUCAACUAUGAUGGCUACAGCUCGUGCGACCACACCUCUAAGGGCUUCAAGCGCUGGGAGUGCAACAGGCCGCACUCCCCGAAUGGGCCGCUCAAGUUCUCAGAGAAGUUCCAGCUCUUCACUCCCUUCUCACUGGGCUUCGAGUUCAGACCGGGAAGAGAAUACUACUACAUCUCCUCCACCAUCGCUGAGAACGGGAGGAGAACAUGCCUGAAGCUCAAAGUUUUCGUCCGACCAUCAAACAGCUGUGUGAAAACUAUAGGCGUACAUGACCGCGUUUUUGAUGUAAACGACAAAGUAGAAAAUACAUUAGAACCACGAGACGAUACCAGCCACGAACCGGCUGAGCCUUCCCGGAGUGACGAAACAAACGCUGCACCACACCAGCAGAAAACAAGUCCGCUUCUGGUUUUGUUGCUGGUCUGCCUACCAGCACUCUUCACUUUAUAGCGCCUCCCUCUGUCCUGGAGGGCAUUUACACCUAGCGUGGCCUGAAUCUGCCCGAGGCUGGCUGCAGGGAAGGGGCGGGAUUUGGCUGGAGCGUGUUUUUUUCGCUUGAUUGGGCAUCAGAGCAGGCUUCUCAAGGAACCCUCUAUUUUUUCCAGAAAUCUAUUUAAGUGGUCUUUCUCCGUCUGUGAGUGAAACAAGCUGAUGUUGGAAGUGGGAGAGACAGUUCCGCCUCUUAAACCUUCAACUAAGAUGCCAAAUCCCCCUUUUUUGACACUUAGUGAUUCUUGAUUUCCCGUGAUUUUUUUUUUAGUUUGUGACAUCCCUUUACAUCAUGUUUAUGUCAUUGCAGCACUGAUGUUUACCCACAUGCAUAUACACACAUAUACAGCACAUGCACACAUGCUUACAGAGAUAAAUACAUUAACUGUCACUAGCAGUAGGGUUUUUUUAUGAAAUUGUAGACAGUAGCAGCAUUACACAGUAGAACAGAAACUAAAGAUUCUAGGAGUUAGAAAAGUGUGUACAUACAUAAGUAAAUAGACCCGAGACCUCUCAAGAAGCCUUUGAAAAACAUCUUUUUAUUGAGAUCUGCUGAGUCAUACGAGUCUGAGUUUUGAGCUGUAAAAAAACUGAAAGAUGAAAACGUAGGAAGAGAAGAGAAAUGGUUAUAGCAGCACUAAAAACAUACAUGGCAGGCACCUUAGCUCCUUGAUCUUCAGCCUCUCCUGGUUUCAAAAUGAAGCCCAAGUUGAGCUUGUUACAUCUUAAGUGAGGGAGUGUAACAUCCAUGGAACCGCAAGGCAACAUUUUCUCGUCCUUGUCUAUGUAGAGCGUGCCUGUCUGCUCAAUAAAACAACCCCCAAAGCAUUUUAUUCACUCUGACUCACAAAACAGCUAAAUUGAAACUUUCUCUCCAGACACUUUGUGGACUGCUAUUAAGUUUCCAAGAUCGAUAGCUUCUGAAAGUUGAUCACACAAUUUCACGGCAUCUGUCACGGUCAUUUUAUGCCAUGUUUACUGAGCUAGGCAGAAAUCCUUCUCUGUGUUGUUCUAAAUAUAAAACACUCUUACAUUUGCAUCCAAGGCUUUUUUUUUUCUUCUAAUACAGGCUGUUAAAGUGAUAUUUAAAAAACAAUUUAAAGCUACAUUUCUUUGUCUCUAAAUCAUUAAGCUAUUUUACUUCCCUAAUAGUGUCUCUAAAUACUGUCUUUCACAUGGCUGACACCUUAAUCUCUAUAUUUUUGUAUUGAUGGAAAUCUACAAAAACAGACAUCAUGUUUAAACAGAUUCUUCAAUUCAAAGUGCCAAACCUUUUCCUGCUCGUUCCUUAUUUAAACACAUCCACAGCUUUGGGUAACGCUCAUUAAACAUUAGUUAGCUGGUUUUUACAUUCAUUUUAUUGCUUAGUGAGUAAGUGCAGCGUUUACAGCACUGAUGUAAGGCUCCAAUUAGUUUAAAACACAUAGUGUUAAAAAAUAAACUCUGGCAAUGCUCAGCUCUACUUAGUCAAGCUAGGUUAAUGUUAGCACUUACAUUCAAAUGAAUUCAUUGUGUUAUAAUGAUAUUCAGCUCCCACAGAUGCACAUGGCGAGUUAGCAUAAUGAAACCUACUGUCUUUUUUUUCCAGGCAAAAGGGAGCCGUUUCUUAGUUUUUCAAAGACGUGCAGACAGAUAGAGAAAUUAACUCUGACUUCUUUUCAGAGACGGGGUUUUGUAUACGAGUUUGGAAGCCAAUUGGUUUGGAAAGACAGAAAGAGAGAGAGAGAAAAAGAGGAGCACAGGAGCAAUUGCGUGUCCACCUUGAGCUCCUAGUGUUACUGGUUUAAGUGACUCUUUAAUGAGGUUCAAAAUGACAGGCAUGUGGACCCCAUGUUGUGGCAAGGGGAGUUAUUUCUGGUAUUAAAAAUAGAUGGUGGAAGGCUUGGGGGGUCUCGGGAGGGGGGGUGUCGAUUUCAACAGUGGGGGGUUUUAAAGCACCAAUGACCUUGCAGUUUGAGAGAAUCGGUGAGUGAAGGAGACGGAGAGAAUUAAAGGGAGAGACGCACACACGGAGGCAGAUAGAAAAGACACAGGAGGUAGCCGAAGGUUGAGUGACUUGAGUGCCUAACAAAACAAAACAAAACAAAAAUGAUCCACGCAACACUACUGGAAACAACACCUGGUUCAAUGAUAAACCCCAUUGUUCAGUGUCAUUGUGUCUCUAAAGGCAUGCACUGUUUUAUUUUUGCUAUUUUUCAUUAUGUGGCUGCCUUUUUUGUUUUCAACUUUACUCCCCCACCCACCCCCCAGAAAGACUGCCUUUGCCUUUUGCAAUUCGUUUGUUAUUUAGCGCUACAGAAACAAUGCUAUUACAGCCGUAUAGCAGCUCAGCUAUGGGGGGUAAUAGUAGACGAGAGCAUUUAAUGAGGUACUAAUUUUCAGGAGAGCACCACAGGGAGCGAGCACCGCCUAACAUCCAGACGGACGCUUGUCGGCAGAUUAACACUCGACUUUUAUCCAAAAACCAGCUUCACUUGUACUCUCUUAUAAUUACCAAUACUACUAUUUGUCAUUAUUGCUAUUAUUACCAUGGUUUAUUCUGUACACACCUUAACCUGGGAAAUGAGGAUCAACUUAUAAACUGGAUACUGUGUAUCCUGAGGUAGUCAACCACAAAACAUGUAGUGUUAGGUUAGUAUCUGUUUUGUACCUUUCUGGAGGACAAAAGAAAAAACUGAGAUACAUCAUUGUUAAAACUGUAUAAUUAUUAUUACUGUUAUGAUGAUGAUGAUUAUGACUAUUAUUAUUAGGAAAACUUCUUGAUGUAAAUAGUGUUUGAUAUUAAAGUAUUAAUUUGGUUCUUAUGUCUUUUCUAAAAAAUGAACGGUAUUAUCUCUGGGUUUUGCGGAGUGUGUACUGUCCUCAAACAACGCAUUGUGUGCUUUGACCCUCAAUGCCUAAUGAAACUUUGAGCUAAUAUGAAGGGGGAGCUGUACACUAGAGUACAGAAGGCUGGACAUUAGCCAAACGAGUGGCUCAUCUGUUACAUGUUUCCAACCAGUCACCACCCGUCACCAUAUCUCCACAGAAGGAUCCUGCCUUGGAAAGAAACUCUUAAAGGGACUUGACAGACGGCUUCUUUGUACUUCUUAGCCUUCAGUGUUUGAAAGCAUGUUGGUCAGCUCUAAGAUCUGCCACAAGUGGACUGUUUGCUUUUUAAUGGAAGGAUCUCGCCGGUUUCAUUAUGUGGCAUGCGCAUGAACUUGAUGACAUGUAAAAAAAAAAAAAAAAAAAUCUCAAAAAAAGUUUUAAAGUUUUAAAAAGAAAGUUUUCUUUUUGCUCUUAUUUUCCUUUUCUUUGAAGAAGUGUUAGAUUUUCCUGAUCACUUUCAUGUUGUGUGUUUUUGCAUCCCCCAUUUGAGUGAUGUCAUAAAGCUGUGUAGUGACAGAUGACAAAUGUACAUAACACAAACCAUUGUUGUGAAGUUACAGUAGGGGGUUGGCCAUUUUGUAGUUCAAAAGCAACUUUUUUUUCCCUCUAAGAAUGCCUCUUUCUAUACCCAUCUACUGAAUUCAUCCCAUGUAGUCGCAGUUUGUCUUUUCUGACUGUUCAUCCUCUUCCUGCUCUCUAGAGAGGAGGCGUUUGGGAGUGUAUACAUCAGUAUGUGGGCAUUUUUUCAGCGUGUAAAAAUGUGUGAGACCUCUUAUUUUCUGUGUGUGUGUGUGUGUACGUGUGUGUGUGUCUCAUUUGCUGUUGCCGCAGUGAAUGGGAAGCGGCAACCCUCUUUGGCAACGAAGAGUGUUUCCCAUGCCUUAGCCCUUCAGCCUCUGCCCCGGCAGCCCCGUCUGUGUACAAGACGCUCCCUGCCAUUGUGCUUUACACGGAGCGGCUGCUGGCGUCGAAGAGACUACAACAGGGGCCCUUCACUUUCUCUCCCUUUUUAACAACCCUGAAUCACUCGUCCCUGCGGUGGAUGCUGGUCCCGGGCACAGUUCAGGGAUUAGUGCAACCCCCCUGCACCAAAUCCUGAACUGGAUUGUUAGCGGGGUAAAGCCUGCCAUCGAUCCAGGUUCUAAAAGCCUCUCUUCUUCGUCAGCUCCCCCUCGUGCUGAUGAGCCACUUGUUCAUUUUGUGCACCUGUCCUGUCCCAUUCUACUUGUGCUUGUGUAAUCUCCACCACUCCAACUGUUGUCCUUCCUCCCUAGACCUUUGAAACCCCGCUCCCACUUUGCCAUCGGUGGGGAAUCUUUCCAACCUGCUCUUUUACAGUAUAUAAACAACAAAAAUUUGACAAAAAACUAUCUGUAUUUGUAUAUACACGUGUCUGAGCAACUAUGAGUAAUACAAUAAAACGGAAAUACAUUGCUUUGA